CGAGAACUCCUGUUGGUUUUUAAUUAAAUUAAAUUUUUAAAUAGUUGUUAUUUUUUAAAAGAAAGUUUAUACAUUAUUACUUUUUUAUAUAAAAAUUAGUGCUAAUAUCAGAAAUAUUUAUUGUUUUAAACGUUUUCUGCCAAUCGAGUGCACCAUGGAAAAUCAUGAUGAAAUUGUUAUUUCUGGAAUUUCCGGUCGGUUUCCAGAAUGCAAUAACGUUGAAGAAUUCAAAGAAGCUUUAAUGAAAGGAAAAGAUUUAGUGACAGUCAACGAAAAAAGAUACCCAAAAGGUUUCAAGAAUUUUCCGGAAAAGAACUCAGUUAUACCAGAAAUAGAUAAAUUCGAUGCAGUGUUUUUCAAGAUGAGUCCCAUAGAGGCCAAAUAUACAAAUCCUCGACACAGAAUUCUUCUAGAAGCUGCUUAUGAAUCAAUUUUUGAUGCGGGAUAUAAUCCUGAAGAACUAAAAGGAUCUAAAACAGGAGUAUUUGUUGCAAUGGGAAUGACUAGAAGUCAAACUGAUGAUAUUCUAGAAGAUAGUUACGGCAAUUCUUAUCUGGGCCAAAACAAUUUUCAUGCUGCCAAUAGAAUUUCUUACGCUUUUGACUUUAAGGGUACGAGUUUUGCUAUGGAUUCAGCUUGUUCCAGUUCAUUGUACGCUUUUUCCAACGCCUUCAGCCAGUUAAGGGCUGGAGAGAUUGAUCACGCACUUGUUUUAGGAGCGAAUCUGACGCUUAACAUAGAAGAAGUUGAAGAAUUUAAUAAAAUGAAUGUCUUGAGUGAUGCUUGUAGAGUUUUCAAUAAAGACAGAAGUGGAUUUGCCGUAGGUGAAGCUGUCGUUAGUUAUUUUUUGUCAAGGAAAAGCAAUAGUAGAAGAGUGUACGCCACAGUUUUGUGUGCCAAAACAAAUGUCGAUGGAUUUAAAAAAGAAGGAAUAAUCUCACCAUCUCCAAUAACUCAAUCCGUACUCAUGAAAGAGGUCUAUGAAGAAGCCAAAAUCUCAAUGGAUGAUAUCACCUAUAUUGAGUUGCACGGAACAGGCACUCAGGUAGGUGAUGUUGUCGAAUGUCAAAGUAUCUUAGACGUUUUUGGUCAAAGAAAACAACCAGUUCUCGUGGGAUCUGUAAAAAGCAAUGUUGGUCACACUUUACAAGCUUCUGGUCUUGUAGGUAUGACUAAAGUGAUUUUAGCUAUGGAAAGCGGAAUGAUACCGCAAAAUUUAUAUACUGACAACAUCGAUACUACAAUACCAGGUAUUGGAGAUGAAAAAAUACAGAUUGUUAAAACCAAUACACCCUACAACGAUGGCAUUAUGGGCGUCAACUCUUUUGGUAUAGGUGGAGCCAAUGCCCAUGUAGCAUUAAAACCAAAUGGUAAACGCACAUUGUUACCCUUAAGUGAUAUAGACAAUCGAUUAAUUCAAGUGUCUGGAAGAACUGAAGAUGCAGUCAACUAUUUUCUGGACGAAAUCGAGAAGAACCAAAACGAAAAACAAUUUUUGGCUUUAAUAGAUGAAAUUCAUAAAAUGAAUAUUGAAGGACAUUGUUACAGAGGUUAUUCAGUAUUGGGAAAAACUCCAAAACGUGAAAUUUCCAAAUGCAAAUCAGGAAAACGACCAGUAUGGUUCAUUUACAGUGGAAUGGGAUCCCAAUGGUCAGGCAUGGGUCGAGACCUGAUGCAUAUACAAGUUUUUCGCGACACCUUCAAUCGCUGUGCCGAAGCCGUAAAACCUUAUGGAGUAAACCUGGAAAACAUCAUAAUGAAAGGCUCAGCUGAAGAUUUGGAGGACGUUGAAAAUUGUUUUUGUGCAAUUAUAGCUAUAAGUGUAUCUUUGACAGAUUUGCUGACGUCUCUUGGUAUUCAACCUGAUUUUAUGGCUGGGCACUCUUUAGGAGAAAUAGGUUGCGCAUACUCAAAUGGUGACUUAACUCCAGAACAAGCUGUUUUGUUAGCGUAUUCCAGAGGAUAUGCCUGCAAACAAACAAUCCUACCACUUGGUCAAAUGGCUGCUAUUGGUAUGUCGAAUGAAGAUUUAAAAACAAUUCUACCCAAAGAUAUCUAUAUCGUUUGCCAGAACAGCAAAGAUAACAUCACUAUUUCCGGUCCACAAAGCUCUGUCAAAAAAUUUACUGAAGAAUUAACCCACCAAGGUGUUUUUAACAAGCUGGUCGAUACCGCCAAUAUAGCGUUUCAUUCUAAAUACCUGAUGGAUGCUGACAAGUAUAUGUUGGAAUUUCUAAAAAAAGUAUUACCCGAUCCAAAGCCUAGAUUGAAUAAAUGGAUAUCAACUUCGGUACCGCCAGAACAAAAAGGAGAAAUAUGGGCACAAUAUAAUUCUGCAGAAUACCAUGUCUUCAAUUUCAUGAAUACGGUACUCUUUGAUGAAAUUUACCAACAUAUUGAAAAGAAUGCUAUCAUAAUUGAAAUAGCGCCUCAUGGAUUAUUGAGAUCAAUUUUAAGAAGAGAAAUUGGACCUGAUAAUACGUUAAUUUGUCUAAUGAACAAGACAGCCGAAAAUCAAGAACAAUUCCUGCUAUCUUCUAUUGGACAAAUAUUCUUGAGUGGAGUUCAACCGAAUUUAAGAAACCUCUACAAAGAUGUGUCAUUCCCAGUGAGCAGAGGUACAAAGAUGUUGUCGCCUUUAAUAAAAUGGGACCACAGUGCCUCUUAUUCGGUUCCCAAAGUAAAACCAGAAUAUUUUGGAAAAAUUGUUACUGUGAACAUAUCGCACGAGAAACAUGAAUUUCUAAAAGGACACGAUAUAGAUGGAAGGAUUCUAAUGCCGGCUGCAGCUUAUUUGGAACUGGUAUGGAGUGUUCUAGCGGAGAAGGUACUGAAGAAGAUGGAAGAUUUACCGGUAAUUUUCGAAGAUAUCAGAUUUGAGCGCAGCACAGUACUUCCCGAUAACGAAACGGUACAAUUCUUAGUAAAUAUUUUCAGAGAUACUGGCCAUUUUGAAAUUUUCGAAAGUAGAUCUGUUGUUUGUUCUGGAAAAAUCACAGCUACAACAAAUGUUGCCGAUCAUUAUGUUAGCAAAGAAAUAACGAAAAUGGAUGAUAAUGUGGCAAUUAUGAAAAGAGAAGACGUUUAUAAAGAACUGAUGCUCGGAAGAUAUUACUUUAAGGGCCCUUUUAAAUCAAUUUCCGAGACAGAUAUCAAAGGAUACGUAACCAAAGUGGAAUGGUUUAAUAAUUUCAUUAUCCUCAUGGAUUCGAUGAUGCAAGUAAUAAUGAUAGCAACUGGAAAUCAGACUCGAGAUUUGAUGCUUCCAACUACGAUUAAAAAGUUUAUUAUUGACCCUACAGCGCAUUUAGAAGAGACUGACCAAAAAUAUAACACAUUACUUCAUGAUCCCUACUUAAACUUGGUCAAAUCAAAAGGUUUAGAAUUAUUCGAUCUAAAAUUAGCACGUGCUCCCAAACGUCAGAAGACUCAGGUCGAUCCCGUUUUACAAUCAUACGAAUUCGUCAAUUAUAACUCUCUUAAAAAUGAAAGUUACAACUUCGAAACAUCUUUCAGUAUAGCUGUACAGAUAAUAUUGCAAAAUAUUAGUGGAUUGACCAAGUAUUUGAGUAUCGCUGAGGUGCUAGAAACAGAAACUUCAAUCACAGAAAUUGAAAAUAAUCUACCAAAACAGACAUUUGCGGAAAUAGAGUACAAUAAAGUAAUCUAUAAUAAGAUUGAUAAUAAAUACGAAACAAUUAUAAUCAACCAAAGUAUAGCAGAUAAAUAUUCUAUUAAUAGUUUUACAGAAUAUGUAAAGCAAGAUGGUUUUAUUAUUUAUUGUGGAGAUUUAAAUUACCCCAUGAAUCAACUGGAUAUCAUUUUUCAAACACCUCACUUGUCACUCCUACGUUUGAAACAAACGUUUCCCCCUCUAUACGAUACAAUUAACAUAAGGAAUUCAGACUUCAAAUGGUUGAAAAAGUUGCAGAAUAUUUCGAAAAGCUCUAAAAAGAUGACAGUCUUCUUGUUCAGUCAAAAUGAAAAAAACAGCGGUCUCAUCGGUUUAACGAAUUGCUUGUCGAGAGAAGACACAAAGGUUGAAUUUAAGGCUGUUUUGAUAGACCAAGGUUUGGAUGUAUUUUCUGCAGACAGCACAUUUUAUAGAGAUCAGUUGUCGAAAAAUCUGACUUUUAAUAUUUUAAACAACAGUAAUUGGGGCACGUACGUUCACGUUCCGUUAGGAGAAGUUGGAGAAAAGAUUGUAAAAAACGCGAAGGUUUCAGUCAAAACUUUGGGGGAUCUGUCGACGUUAAGCUGGGUUGAAAUGCCAGGAUUUCUUCCAAAAGAUUUAAAACUAGCCGCGGAAAUAGUGGACGUGAAGUACAUGGCUUUAAAUUUCCGGGACACUCUAGUAGCGACUGGCGACUUGCACGUUAAAUUUUUCGAACCUUCAGAUGAUAACACUAAAUUGGGCUACGAAUAUUCCGGAAUUACCAAAUCUGGAAGAAAAGUUAUGGGUAUGAUUUUCUUGAAUGAAUUUAACACGGAACUACAAGCCGAUUGUGAUUUUACAUGGGAUGUCCCGAGUCGUUGGACACUGGAAGAGGCUGCUACGGUACCCAUUGUUUACGCCACGUGCUAUUACGCUCUGAUUAUCAGAGGUCAAAUGGCGAAAGGUAACUCUAUUUUGAUUCAUGCUGGAUCAGGAGGUAUUGGAAUGGCAGCUAUUAGGAUAGCUCUUAGCUUGAAAGCUACAAUAUUUACGACUGUAGGUUCUCAGAAGAAAAAGGAAUUUUUGUUAAAAACGUUUCCGGAUUUAGAAGAAGGGAACAUAGGUAAUUCGAGAGAUACCACAUUUUUCAAUUUAAUCAAAACCAAAACCAAAGGUAAAGGAGUCGAUAUUAUCCUGAACUCUCUAGCAGGCGAGCUCUUUCAGACUUCACUGAACCUAAUGGCUCCAGAAGGAAAAUUCCUAGAAUUGGGUGUAAAGGACUUUGCGUCUGGAUCUAAGAUAACUUCUGGCCUAUUUUUGAACAAUUGUACCGUACAUGGCGUUUUCGUGGACAAAUUGUUUGAGGAUGGGUCUCAAAUGAAGAGGAAGAUUUUCGAAAUUGUUAAAAAAGGUAUUGAAACUGGAGUUGUCAAACCACUACCAACCACAGUUUUUGAAAAAACUCAACUGGAACCAGCAUGGAGAUAUCUUGCUUCAGGAAAGCACAUAGGAAAAGUGUUAAUAAAGCUUUCGGAUGAAGAAAGUAAUGGACCUGUUAGCGUUUCAGCAAUUCCAAGAAUAAAAUUUAAUCCUGAAAAAGUUUUCAUCAUUAUUGGAGGACUUGGAGGAAUGGGAAUGGAGCUGGCCAGUUGGUUAUUGACAAAAGGUGUUAGAAAAAUGAUUCUAAACGGCAGAAGAAAUGUCUGGAAUGGAUACCAAUCGUAUAACAUCGCUAAGUGGCAAAGUUACAAAGAUGUGAUAAUACAAAUUGAUCAGAAUGAUAGUUCAAAAUAUGAAGAAGCUGAAAAAUUAAUAUUAGACGCUCAAAAAUUAGGAAAUAUUGGCGGAAUUUUCAACAUAGCACUAGUCCUUAGAGAUAACGCCAUCUUAAAUCAAUCCCCUUCCGAUUUCGAAGAGGCUUUUAAACCCAAAAUCCGUUCCUGCGAAAAUUUAGACAGAAUCACCAGAAGGUGUUGUCCCCAUUUGGAGCAUUUUGUGGUAUUUUCCUCUAUAGUCUCAAGCAGGGGCAACAUAGGCCAAACAAACUAUGGAAUGACAAAUUCUGCCAUGGAAAGAUUGUGCGAAUAUCGAAGAAAAGAUAAUUUGCCAGGAUUGGCUGUUCAAUGGGGACCUGUUGGCGAUGUUGGAGUUUUAAUAACUGAUGUUGCUUACAAACAGGAAUCUCUAGGGUUAGAACCACAGGGAAUCGAUUCAUGUCUAAACGCUUUAGAAAAAUUCAUGAUUAAAGAUGUGGUUGUAGGAAGCAGUGUGAUUUUAGCCGAAAAUAGAAAAACUGGAACAGAGGGCGUAACAGAAAAAACUCCCGCAAAUAUUGUGGCCCAUAUUCUAGGAAUUGAAAAUAUAGAGUCUAUAGAUGGAUCAAAGAAGCUUUAUGAAUUUGGGUUGGAUUCCUUGAUGGUUUCAGAAAUAAAACAAACUUUGUACAGACAUUUUCUAUUGGAAUAUGAUAAACCUGCUAUUAGAGAAUUAAGUUUUGAUUAUUUAGUUAAUUUAAAUGCAUAGGUAAACUUUUGUUUUUUUUUACAAUGCACCCAAAAAAUGUUCGG